CAAACAUUUUAGGAUCCGCCGCAGGUUCGCUGAUCCUUGUAACUUGAGAAUUGCCAUCAAAGGCCAGUUACAAUCUGAAAAAAAUACUGAGGAAAAUAAUAUUGUGCUGAUCUGUUAAUAAGCUAUGGAUACGGACAACCCGUUGUUCCUGCAAUGUAGAUUUUGCCUACGUAUGGUGGAUCCAACGCAGAUGCAAUCAAUAUACACUGAUGAUAAACCUUCUCCGUUGCAUGAUUUUGCAGAGCGAAUAUUGGGUGUAGAGGAUACUUUGGACAGCUCUCGGGUAUGCAACACUUGUUUCAUGAUGUGGACCAUGGCUAAGGACUUUUUCGAUGCGUGUCUCUGUGCCACCGAAGUUCUCUCAACGGGCGAACAAGUAAUGUUCAGCAAUCCUUGGUUGAAGCACAAUGAGCACAAGCGUAUGUUCACAGAACUCGGUAUAGUUGUCAUGAGACAUUGCCACGAAAUGGAAACGCUAGUUAGCAGUUUUCAGCAUCAUCAUAAACGAAAAAAACCGACGGAACACCUUCAAGGUGUUACAUAUGAAUCAAAUACCACCAAUGCAAAUAAAAAAGGUAUUGAGGUUAAAGAGGAGCAUCCGCUUGAAAUUGACGAUUCCUCUGUAUACUUCGUGGAAGAUUGCUCUGAGGAAAUCAUACAUCCCACCAGACAAACCAAUGCAACUGUGUCACAUGCAGACAAUCAAUUGAAAUCAAGUCCGAGCGGAAAAGAAGCUGCUUUCUGUGGAAAUAUGACUGCUGCAGUUGAACCAGACAUCGAACAAAUUGAUCUUAUCGAUAGUAGCGAUGAUGAAAAAGAAAUAAUCUAUUUGGAGGAAAAAAGCUCUACAAAUUUCGAAGAAGAAACGCUAAGCACGAUUUGUCAGAUUUGUGGUAAAUUAAGUGAAAAUAUGUCUGCACAUUUGGAGACGCAUUCAGAAAGUUCAAAACCAAUAGAAAAGACGGUUGAAAAUAGCGUUCAAAAAGUGGCCAUCCAAGAGGAACAGGGCGUGUCGGAGAAGUGCAUGAUAUGUGGUAUCAAGUUAGCUAGUCCGUUAGCGGCAGCAAUUCACUCUCGAUUACACCCUACGAAUAAGUUUAAGCCUAAGAUAAAAGUCAGGAAGAACAGGACUAAGGCAAAUGUAACAAAUGUAAAAAUCAGAAAGAAAAGAGAGAAAAUAAAAUAAUUUUCCCUCAUCGCGGGUAUCUGUGUUUAACUAUGGGCCUUAUUAUGUAAAUCGAGUCGAUAAGAAUCGACCAUUUUUGUUCGCAAAAUUUCGUAUUUUGUAAAUCGAGAUAAUCUUUUUUUUUUCAAUCGUUUAUUUGUACAGGCUCAGUUACAUAAGUUUAAAGGACCCAAAUUCUACAUCUAAUUUUUGUUCAUGCUGUUUACAAUUUUGCUUAUUCUACGGUUAAUAGGGUGGAGAACCGAUUACUCGCGGUUAGUAGGGUAACAACUUUUUAUCAUGGAGAGGAAUGGACAUAUGGAGAUUUGGCCAAUACUGAAAAUUAAACACGGAAAUGAAUAGUUUUGAGGAAAAUAUAGAUUUGGGACAUAGAAUCAAGGUCUAACUGAGCCAAACACAUCACGCACCGACACAUUGGGUUGUUUCCCUCGGGCCCAAAGAGAGUUUUGUAAAUUUGAUCUGGCUACAAGCUACAAAGUACAUCUCGCACUAUCAAACAACAUGCUCGAUGUCGUGAUUGUUGCUGACAAGAUUUAACGAAACUAGCUGACCCGGCAAACUUCGUCCCGCCCAACAUUUGUUUUUUGUUAUUAAUACCUUCAAACAUUCACGUUUCCUUACUAUGAGCAAGUUCAUGGGUCCAAUCGCAGAACUGUUCAUUGAUUGAUCCUCUAAUCGACCCCGUUGAAUUUACCUUUUACUAUAAAAUUCCUAGUAUUUCUAACAAAACUCAUCAUUAUAAUAUCAGAUUAUUUUCAGACACAAUUCUCGUUCAUGAUUUU